UGUCUUCCUGCAACAACUCGCCUCAUGAGAUUCUGAGCAAGAACUGCCCUUUAGCGAGACUUCAGUUUCCUGUUAAAAGCAAAGGUGUCAGACACCUGGGGUAACGACCUGAGCCGGCAGAAAGCAGCACUCACUGUGGAUGGAUCAUUUAAUCAGUUUACCUCAACCUAAAACCCCAGAGACCAUCCGCUCAUUUAGUUUCAACUUGAAUCUUAUGCAUGGGUGACGUUAACGGAGUGUGAACUUAUUGAUAUAAUAAUUAUUAUUAGUGUGUCGUCGUUAUUCCAGCUGCUCUCCUGCAGCUCGCUGUUUGUCCACAUGGGGGAGCCGUAGCAUAAACUGUCAAACAGCAUGUGUUUCAUAACUUGACAUCCUGCCCUGAACUGGUGACCCAAAUAUAAACCACGAUGAAGCCCCGCCCACCUACAGUGCUCAAACCCCAUGAUUGGAUGAUGCUGCUGUCACUCCCACAGUGAUUGACAGCUCUGUUGAUGCAGAGACACUAAAUAACUAAAUCUGAGCGAUUUUCUUUUAAAUUACACACAUGAAGGUUAAAGGAUUAUUUUCUUUAAAAUGUCAAGCUAAUCAAUAAUACAUGUAAAUAUUUUUAUUAAUGUGAAUAUUUGACAGGUCUUUAAAGUCUGCUAACAGCAUAGAAAAAUCCUAACUAUUGUACCUUCAAAAAAGUCAGCGGCGGGCCAGGUGUGCACAGGUGUCACUCCACAGGUAAAAUAACGUUAGACGGGACCAAGUCUGUUGGACUGGAAGUACCUGAAGGGCUUGAGGCAGUAAAAACAGGACUGGGUACUUGUUUAUGUACACGUGGGCGAUGGCGACGUACGGCAGAGUUUCAGGGACUGUUGGGUUAAAAAUAAAAAUCAAUAAAACAAAGUAUAAUCAGGAGAUGAGGGAUGAUCCGAUCCUCGUCUGACGGGAUUAACACCAGCUGCAAUCAGCUCAGAGCUCAUCAGGUCAGACCUGGACCUGACCGGGUGGGAGCAGAUCUGAAGCUACCUUCGUUUCAUAGUUGAUUUAUUUGUACAGGUGAGGGAACAGUGAUGUGACCCUUUUGUUCACUCUUCCAGAGUACAGCUCAGAUUAUCAGCUGAUGGAUUACAGAGUAGUAAGUGUUUUUUCCAGAGGUGACGGUCGGGACACUAAAUCCCUUCAUCUGACGCUUUCCUCAAAGUCGGCUCACCUGGUUGGUGGAACACGGAAAUCCAAACUUCCCCGGAGCUUCGUUCUGACCAGAGGUCAUGAAGCUGUCAUUAGUCACUGAGGGUCUGAUCCAGGACACCGCAGCCCUCUGCAGUCCGCUCAUCCUCAGGUUCAGAUGGGGUCUGGCUGGUUUCUGGUGGUGGUGCUGGUCUGUGGUCCGGUCGGGCUUCAGUCAGAAGGAGACGAAGACCUGGGAGUUCUGCUGCAGCAGCUGUUGGCCCGGGUGGAGAAACUGGAGGAGGACACAGGUAAAUCUCAGGUGGCGUUCUCGGCCUCCCUCGUCACCGCUGAACAGGAAACCCAUCACGGGCCUUUUGACAAUGACACCGCGCUGGUGUUCAAGAGGGUGACGACAAACAUCGGCAACGCUUACAACCCAGACACAGGCGUCUUCACAGCCCCAGUGAAGGGACUCUACUACGUCCGGUUCACCGGUUGUGUUGGAAACCCGGGGACCCUGAACGCAGCACUGCUAAAGAACGGGGAGAACAUGUUUGCCAUCUACGACUCCAGGGGCAGCCAUGUCAGCGGCUCCAACGGCAUGGCGCUGGUCCUGGAGGAGGGGGACCGGCUCUGGGUCGUCCUCUGGGCCCAGAAUAGCAUCUUCGAUCAGAGUCGCCGCAGCACCUUCAGCGGCUUCCUCGUCUUCCCCAUGUGAGGGAGACGAAGCUCCUGCAGCUGCCAUGGAGACGGUGGAGAAGAUCCAGAUCAAGGUCCUGAACCCAAACACAGACCUAGAUCUUCUAGUUUCUUUACAAAACAUCCAGGAUCACAGGUAGAACCUGAGAGGAGUCAGUCAGGGAGCAAGACGCAGUUUGAGAUUGUUUUAAUAUCAAAAAUGUGAAAAGUAAUUUCCACUUCAGUGGGACUUUAAGAUGUUUCAUGACAAAACAUUAAAGAUGAAUUGAUCCCCAGUUUGUUUUGAAAAGCUGAGCAGGAAAUAAAGGUUUAAGGUCUGUGGUUA